AUGGCGAUCGAACGGCUCCGAAACGGAGCAAAACCACCUCUGCUAGCCCCUUUUCCUUUUAUAAACACCCCCUUCUUCCCCAUUUGGAACCCUAGCCCUGGCCUCCUCAAUUUCCGCGCCCUCCAACCUCCAGCCGCCUCCCCACGCCUCGUUUUCCGUGCCUGGCCACUUGUCACCGCCAGCCACCCAGCGCCGCCGCCACUUCAUCCGCGCCGCCACCCGCAGCAAACCGCAGGGCGCCACGCGUCCUCCCGCGACCCCGCAGCCCUCUCCUCCGCCGCCGGCCCGCCCAGGCCCGUGGGGGGCCCGUCGAAGCCCGUCAGGGCCCGAACCCCGCGCUUCGCCGCCCGAACCCCAGCGCCUCCCGCUGCGGGCGCUCGAGCGCCUCCGCCACCUCGCUGCCCCGCCGUGCCGGCGUUCUCCCUCGUCGGCCGGAGCCCCGUCGGAUCCCAGGUCACCGCCCCCCGCCGUCUCCUCUUUCCUCCCCGUCGUACCCUCUCCCUCUCACCCGCGGCCAUGCCGCCGCCAUUUUCUCGCAGGAACCGCGGCAGGAGCCCCUCGUCACCGGGAACCGCGUCCCCGACGGCCGCCGUUCGCCGGAUCCGGCGUCCCCGCCCCGGAUCUGUAUCCGCCGCCGCCUCCCGCACCGAUCCCCGGCCCCCCUUCGGCCCCGCCUCGUCCCGCGCUCGCCGGAGCGGCGCCGGGAUCCACCGUCGCCGGAGCGCCCUUCGUCGUCCGUGUGCGUGCGGGCACACGCAGUCGCCGCGUGGGCCAUGUGGUCCCCGCAAGCCGCAUCAGCCCCGGCCCAUGUCGCCUCUCCUCCGGCCCAACCGCCUCCUCUGCACCAACUGGCCCAAGUGGCCCAAGGUGAGCGAGCCCACCUAA